AUGGCUAAGAGAAAGGCCACUCCUUUGGACACUCUUCCGCCCAUUUGCGGAGGUGCCGUGGUCACAAGCGUUGUGAUGUAUCCGGUGGACGUGGUGCGUGCCAUCUGUAUGGCCAACCCCGGAACAGGGGCGGGAGAAGCACUGAAGGGCUUCCUCCAGGCCCACGGCGUCAUGGGCUUUGUGAAGCAAGGCCUGGUGGCCGAAGUCACGAGGGCUUCCAUCUCCCGAGCCAUCAAGUUCUUCAUGCAGCCCAUUGUGCACAAGAACCUCUACGGCAAGCCGGAGACCAAAGGCACUCCUGUGAGCAAGGGCCUGGCCGGUGCGAUUGGCACCUUUCCAGAGGUCCUGGCGAUCUCACCGUUGGAGAACAUCAAGCUGGCAGCCCAGCUGGACAAGGAAGGAAGGUUUAGUGGAUCUGCCGACAUCGCGAAGCACAUUUUGAAGACCCGAGGCUUCAACGGUCUGAUGAUUGGCUAUGCCGGCAUGCAGGUGCGGCAGUGCUUGUGGACUGGUGGCUUCUUCCUGACGCUAGACCUCUACAAGGGGUGGGUCAGCAGCGCCGUCUCGAAUAAACUCGCCCAGGAUGUGUUGUCUGGCUUCGCUGCCGGGGCUACUGGAACUGCCAUGAACUGCUGGACCGACGUCUGCCGCUCCAUCGUGCAGAAGAAGGCCUUGGCGGAUACCUUCGACCCCUCCAUUCCAAGGCCAAGCAUGCUGGCACCCUACAAUCCCGUGCCCUUCUUCUCGGAGGCGGCAAACCUUGCCACCACCAAGGGCAUCGGCGGCCUCUACGCGGGUGUUGGGCCCAAGAUGGUCCACCUUGGCGGAAGCGGGGCCAUUUUGGCCGUGCUCAUGCCGCGCUUCAAGACCAUGUGGUUUGACAUGAUGGGGCUCGAGUGA